CCACAAUUGACUGCGGCACUUCACGCAGUCGACUUUGUGCAAGACAUAAAUACAAUGGCUGGUAGCAAUGAUUUUUAGUUCUUCAAUAACCAUCUCUGUUAUAUACCCCGCUUUCACCUUACGUUCACUAAUGCCUGUAAAGCUCGUCUGCACUCACCUGGUCUUUGAUGAUGACUUUGAGGACCGCUUUGAGGACCGCUUUGAGGACAGCUCUGAGGAUAGCUCUGAGGGCAGCUGCGAAGACAGCUGUAAGGACCUCUCUGAAGAUGACUUUGAAGAGGCACUGCCCAUCAAGACUCCAAUCAAUCUAAACGAUAGCUCAGACUUUCCACCUCUCACAACAGCAGCCACUGCCGACGGAUGGGAUUACAUUGAAAGCCAAGAGACCGACGACGUGCUUGUAACCGAAGAUACGGAGGAUUGGGAACAAUUGGAACUAGCAAAGAGGCAAUCUCUUGCCUUCGAAUACUGCUUUGCUACCAUCGCCAAACAGACCCAACAUGUACCUUCUCCCACCCCACGGCUGGCAGCCUCAACCGUUCUUCGCGAUACGCCAUUAGUGCGCAGAAAAAAGAACCAACAAGACGAUGACGAUGAUAGCGAAUCCUUGUGGGAUCUAUACCCUGUCGAUAAUUCAGAUAAGCAAUUCCAAAAGGCACACGCUCGUCGACGAAAGGAGCUUUUGCAUUGCUUCAACACCAUUCCUACCCCGGUUCCCGAAGAACCCGUUGUUACCCACCCUCGCUUGCAUCAAACAUGUGCCUACUCUGAGCCCUUAACGGAUCAUCAGUACCAACAUGCCAUCUUUAAGCACGUUCAGUGGGAUAAACGAUGGAUGGGUUGGGGAAAAUACUAUGAGCAACCCGACCUACGUCUUCAGGUAGCUGGUCGCGAUGAUGAGGAUUCCCGAUGACCCAGUCUUAGCCAUGUACAUACAUUUUGAUAUUCUCUCUUCCCUGGUAUUUUUGUUUAGAAAACCUUGUCUAUAACCUUGAAAACAUCAAUUGCAAUGUAAUAAACUUGGCAGCUGGACCGUCAUAUUA